AUGGUCCAGUUCAGGUCUGUCUGUACGCUGGCUGUUGCGGCGUUUGCUACGCUGGGUGCUGCGGCGCCAGCAAUGUUGGCGGAGCGAGCUGUGUCCUCGUCGGUGUUGCAAAAUUUGUCAUUGUUUGCGCAAUACUCUGCUGCCUCUUAUUGUACCAACAACAUCAAUUCCACGGGCAGCAAGCUGACGUGCUCUUCUGGGAACUGUCCGCUGGUUGAGGCAGCCAACACCAAGACCCUUUCGGAGUUCUACGAAGUUGGUAGUGACUCCGCGUAUGGAGACGUGGCAGGCUUCUUGGUUGCAGACACCACCAACAAGCUACUUGUGGUCUCUUUCAGAGGAAGUCGCACGAUAGACACCUGGUUGGCGAACCUGGACUUUGGUCUGGACAGCCUCAGUGAUGUCUGCAGCGGAUGCUCGUCCUGGGAAGUCGUUGCCAAUGCACUAACGACCGAGCUCAACUCUGCCCUUGCAACUUACCCUGGCUAUACCGUUGUCUUUACUGGACAUAGCUUCGGCGCUGCCCUUGCAACACUGGGGGCUGCUACGUUGCGGAAAGCAGGGAUUCCUGUCCAGCUGGUAAUAUGGUUACGGUUCCCCCGGGUUGGAAACAAGGCCUUGGCAACAUUCAUCACCGGACAGGGUUCCAAUUACCGUGUCACACACACAAACGAUAUUGUCCCCAGACUCCCGCCCCGAGCCUUUGGCUUCAGCCACACCAGCCCAGAGUACUGGAUCACGAGCGGUGACAACGCUCCUGUUACGGCGUCUGAUGUCACGGUCGUCCAGGGAAUCGACUCAAGCGGUGGAAAUGCGGGCGAGGAUGCUACCAGCAUUGAGGCCCAUAAUUGGUAUAUCGGCCAUAUUGAUGGUUGUCAAUAA